UUGAUGUGCUACGAGUCUCUGGUUCUGUGGCUUUGCAUCACCAGCUUGUUUCUCUUUCAGCUCCAGUGGCACAGCCUGUAUUUCAGAUGGUCCCGGCUCCUGCGCCGGCCCCGGAUGCAGUAAUUAUUCCACCACGUCUGACUACUGUUGCGGGGCGGAUGAAAUGUCAAUACUGCCAGAAGGAGGUCAUAACAGAGAUUAAAUAUAUCAGUGGCAUGAUGGUGUGGGUCAUCUGUGCAAGUCUUGGCUUUUUAGGGGUCUGGCCGUGUUGUUUGAUUCCAUUCUGUGUGAAAGCCUGCAAGGAUGUAGAGCAUAGCUGUCCACACUGCAAAACCGUCAUCCAUGUGCACAAACCCAUGUAGCUUGCUCUGAAACCAAGAAAAUCUGGAAGACCAAAGGAAAAACUUUGAGUGGCCGAAAUGGCAGCAUUAUCUGGACUUUAGGGGGAAAGCGGGGUCGGUUGCAAGACUUUUUGCAUUUACUUCUGUUUCUUAGAGACUGUGUGUGUUAGAAAAAGCCAAAAUUGUAAUGCUAGUUUAAUGCUACAUCUGUCAGCUGUAAUGUAUGUAACAUAUGAUAAUAUAUGUACAAAUUGUUCUUGAACAGACAAGGUCAAAUGCUACAAUUGACCCCAAAACAGGGGCAGUUAGAACACUCAUAAAAAUGUUAUAAAAUCGUUCUUUAACAUCAUUUAAAGAAAUAAAUCUGUAAAAUAACAGAAGUGGCACCAU